AUGGAAGAUGCAGAUGUGAGAGGAUCAUUCUUAGAAAGUAUUAUUCUACGUCGUGUCGGCUUAAAGGGAGCGAAAAAGAAGGAGAAGAAAACGACGACGAAGAAGAAGAAGAAGACGAAGGAGAAGAAGAAGACAACGACGAAGAAGAGAGGAGGAAGACGACGAAGAAGAAAAGGAAGACAAAGAAGAAGACGAAGAAGAAACGAAAAAGAAGAAGACGACGAAGGAGAAGGAGAAGAAGAAAAUGACGAAGAAGAGAGGAAGAAGAAGACGAAGAAGAAAAGGGAGACAAAGAAGAAGAUGAAGAAGAAGGAGAAGCAGACGAAGGAGGAGAAUACAAAGAAGAAGACGAAGGAGGAGACGACGACGAAGAAGAAACUGACAAAGAAGAAGACCAAGAAGGAGAGAGAGAGGAAGAAGAAGGAGGAGAAGAUGAAGAAAGCCAUUUAUUUUGCUCUAUAUUUCCAUACCACGCAGGGGCAUACUCAAAGCGCUACACCACUAUUACACCGGUCAAUGGAACAGUGUGCACUCGAUUUCAUUCUCAGCUCCCUAGGGAGUAUACAAUCAUAA